AUGGAUAGCAUUAGGGAACGACUUUUACAAUUAGACUAACAAGCUCAACAAUUCUAACAAUAAAAUAAAUAUUUGGAGGCAUUGAAUGUUUUUGAGGAAAUGCUCAUGAUAAAAAAGUCGGCUUAUGGUGAGGAUUCUGAAGAAUAUUUCAAAACUAGUGAUAAAUUGUGCGAAUUAUGUAACUUAAUCGCUAUGAUUUUCUUGUAAAAGGAAAAAUUUGAUGCUUCAUUAGAAUUCUUAAAGAAGGCAGACAUGUUGGCCUAAUCCAGCACUAGAUAUAAAGCCAUUACUUACAAUAACUUGGCUUGUUUCUACAGGAGAAAUGGGAAAUUAAGAAGUGCUCUGUAAUAUUUGUAAUAAGCUUUGGAAAUAGAAAUUCGAUAAGAAACAGCACCUUCUUUGGCUGAUACCCAUUUAAAUAUGUGUGCUGUGUUGUCACAAUUGAAUAGAGUAAGGAAUGUUAUAUAAUAGCACGCUGAAGCAUUGGAACACGCUUUGAUAUCAGUAGUAUUACUAUAAGAUGAAUUUUUAAUGAAACCACCAGAUUAGAAAAUGGAACAAAGCCAGAAUUAGGAUUAAAAGUCAGGAGAACAAAAGAUGAAGGAUCGAGUGGCUGUCUUAGCCAUCGCCUAUCAUAAUUUGGGCGUAGAAUUUGAAUAUUUAAAGAGAUUUGAUGAGGCUAUUUAAACAUAUUAAAAAGCUGUCAAAUUUGGUGAGCUUCACCUACCACCAGAUCAUUAAUUAAUAGGAAAUUUAAAGAAUGUCUUAGGGAAUGCUUAAGAAUAAAUUAACUAAUAAAGAGCGAAGGAUAGCAACAAGAGAUAAUAGAAGGAAUUGCAAAGCAGAAAUCAAAAUAAAAGAAAACUAGUGGAGGUUGAAGCCACUUACAAAUAGAAUAAUAAAAAGAAAACUGAUAAAAUUGUUCAACACUAAUAAUAAUAAUAAGUUAUGGGAUAGACCAUGCGUUCUAACCCACAAAACAAUAGUGUUAAUAUCAGAGAAGAUGAUUAAGAAUAACAAGGGGGAGUCCAACAAGAAUCCAGCUACAAUGAUCACGAUGAAUUGCAAUAAGAAGCUUAAACUUAAUUAUAAUAGCAUCAAUAAUAAUGA